AUGUCCCAACUAGCCUCCCUGAGCUCCUGGUUUACAGGAGCCCCCCCCACCAGGAACACUGGCACCCCCCGCUUCCCUGACACCCAAUCAACUCAACAAACACAGUCCACCACAGUGGAACAAACCCAACUCGGCAAUGAACCUUUCUCUAUCUUUGCUGAACACACCCAAUACAAUGAGCCGUACGCACAAAAAUACGACUACAUCCACCCCAGCAUCGUCCCUGAUGAAACCCACGCCAGAAUGGACCUAAACUACGUAUCCUGGGUAGUUAGAAACGCCCUCACCAUAGCGCUCGAACCCAUCAACCAAACAACUGAGCAAAUCAACAAGGGCUUAAAAGCUACCAUCGAAGUCCUAUCCAUCCAAAACGAAUCUCUCAAACACACCGUCGACAUCCUGGCCAAACAAAUGUUUGAGAUGACAAAGAACCAGGACAAAACCUCCGAAAACCUACACCGCCUCCAACAACAGCUCACCAACCUCUCUGUCAACAGGCCCAGCAACCAAGCAGUCACUGAAGGAAGAACCUCCGCAAUUGCCGCCGUCACUGCUGCCACCAUCACCGCCCCUACCACACCCGCCAACAACCCCAACCACCCCGACCACCCCCAACAGCCAAAAGGGAAAGCACUGACUCCACCGGCACCAAAAUCCUAUGCGUCCGCCGCGGCAGGAAACACGAAUCUCGAAUUUACGACCGUCACAAACAAGAAGAAAAACAAACCUAAAGCAGACCCCCUUUUCAAACCUGAAAUUGUAACAGACCCACAGUAG